AUGGAGGGAAAUAGGGACAAUGAACAAAGAGAUAGGCGUACGUUGGAAGAUUUUGCUUCAGUGUCUGUACCUUCAUCUUUCAACAGUAUAGCCCGACCUGUGGUGAUUGCGGCUAAUAUGGAAAUGAGGCCAUCAUUGAUUCACCUUGUUCAAAGUAACCCAUUUUCAGGAUUGUCACACGAAAAUCCCUAUGAUCAUCUGACAACUUUUAAUCAAUAUUGCAAUACUGUGAAAAUGUUGAAUGUGUCAGAUGAGGCAAUCAGACUUAGUCUCUUUCCCUUCUCUCUGGCUGGAGAGGCCAAUAAAUGGUUAAAUUCCUUUCNAGAGGAAAGUCUGACAGAUUGGGAUGANGUUGUGGCAAAGUNUUUACACAAAUAUUUCCCUCAAUCGAAGAUAAAUAAAGGCAAGCAGGAGAUAUCCUCUUUCCAACAGGAACCUGAAGAGACUUUGGGCAAGGCAUGGGAUAGGUUCAAGGGGUUGCUUAGAAAGACUCCCAUUCAUGGGUUUGACGUUCCCACUCAAAUAAACCUCUUCUUGGGAGGUUUAAAAUCUCACACAAAGUUAAUGCUAGAUGCCUCAGCAGGAGGGAACAUUAGGUUGACGACACCUGAUGAAGCCCAUGAGAUUAUUGAAAAUAUGGCAUCCAGCGACAAUGACGUUCCAGGUGAGAGAGGGCAAAACCAAAAGAGAGGAAUGCUUGAGUUGCAAUCCCAAGAUGCCUUAUUAGCCCAAAACAAAAUUAUUACUCAACAACUAAAGUCUCUGAUGAAAAAGGUUUCACAACUACAACUCCAAAAUGUAUCACAGGCACAACAUAUUGUGCAAGGUUGUGAACUGGGUGGUGGAGAGCACCAAAAUGGACAGUGUGCUAUUCUAACCAAUGCAAAGGAAGAGGUGAAUUAUAUGGGAAAUCAAGGCCGUCAAGGCAAUUUUGGAAAUUAUAAUCAAGGUUGA